AUGGAAGACCCCAUGAGAAGACCCUCACUCCAGGCGACAAGCAGCACGGCGGAGCGAGCUCGCGCAGCUUGCCAGCGUCUUAGCGAGGACUCGAUCGUGGAGGAGCUCACGGGGAAGAUGAAGGUCACCCGUGAAAGGCUGCAGCUGAGGAGAGAAAAUGACACCUCCUCCCUCUUGUCUCCUUACGUUACCUUGACCUUUGCUCAGACUUUGGACGGCAGCAUAGCAACGCUCGACAGACGCCCGUUGGAGAUCAGCUGCAACGAGUCCAUGGUCAUGACCCACCACCUGCGAUCUGUGCAUGAUUGCAUCCUGGUCGGCAUUGGAACGGUGAGGAGUGACGAUCCGUCUCUGACUGUCAGACUUUGCAAUGGGAGCAACCCGAAGCCGGUCGUUCUGGACCCGAGACUGACGAUCAGGAGAGACUGCCGGCUCUUGUCUUCACCUGCUUGUGUCAGGCCCAUCGUUGCUUGCUCACGAGCAGACCUGGUGAAUUCUUCUCGAGCGGUCGAGCUUGAAGCUCUAGGGUGUACAGUGAUGGGCUGUGAAUUGCAAGCCAAUGGACAUGUAGAUCUUGUAUCUGUGCUUUGCGGACUUGCUUCCCUUAGGAUGAAAUCUGUGAUGGUGGAAGGAGGAGCACAGGUUUGA